ACCGACGCUUAAGAGCAACGAAUCAUGGGAAAUGUAACAGGAAUGUUUCCGUAAACUACACUUCACAAAACGUCUCCACAAAAAUGAAGCGCGUUUUUACAAUUGCGGAGAGAAGUUGGCAGGGGUCCUGUCUUCUGUACAAAUGGCAGAAAACUUUGGGGAACUAUCUUGCCGUUGCUGGGUUCGACAACACCAUUAAAAUCUUUGAUCGACAUGGACAAAAGGUGAAUGAAUUUAACCUACCCUGGAAAUGCAUAGCCAUGGACUGGGAUAAAGAUGGUGAUACCUUAGCAAUAAUAGCUGAUAAAUCGAGUGUCAUCCAUCUAUGGGAUGCAAACGUCAACAAAAUGUCGCAAUUAGACAGUGGAAUGAGGGAUCAGAUGUCAUUCAUCCUUUGGUCUAAGACUGGCCCUCUGCUUGCAGUGGGAACAGCUAAAGGGAAUUUACUCAUCUAUAACCAGCAGACUUCUCGCAAGAUACCGGUCCUGGGUAAGCAUACAAAACGGAUUACCUGUGGCUGCUGGAGCUCUCAAAACCUGCUGGCUCUUGGUAGUGAAGAUCGUACAAUAACAGUCAGCAACCAUGAAGGGGACACAAUUCGGCAGACAUCAGUACGGUCAGAUCCAGCAGAUAUUCAGUUCUCUGUGAUGAAGACAGAUGAGAGAGCUUCACCAGGAGAGAGCACUAUACAUUCAAUAAGUUCUGCUGGAGAUAGUGUCAACACCAGGGACAGCCAGAGUGACAACCAGUCUUCAGAAGUAGAUGUGGUGAGUGUUGCAGUGGGGAGAAAGACACUCUUCCUGUUCAACCUGAAUGACCCAGAUAACCCAAUUGAGCUGGCCUUUCAGCAGCGCUAUGGUUCCAUAGUCUCCUACCGCUGGUAUGGGGAUGGGUAUAUCAUGAUAGGAUUUUCUCUGGGAUAUUUUGUGGUUAUCUCCACUCACAUUCGUGAGAUAGGCCACGAACUCUUUCAAGCUCACAACCACAAAGACAAUCUGGCUAGCAUCGCCAUCUCCCAAUCUCUUAACAAGGCUGCUUCCUGUGGAGACACUAGCAUUAAGAUUCACGACCUUUCAGAACUGAAAGAGAUGUAUGCCAUCUUGAACCUGGAUGAAGAAACCAAAGGUCUGGACCAGCUAUCCUGGACUGAUGAUGGACAGUUGUUAGCAGUUUCAACUCAGCGUGGAUCUUUACAUGUCUUCCUCACACGUCUGCCUAUUUUAGGCAGCAGCUCAGGGACGCGCAUGGCCUAUCUCACAUCAUUGUUGGAGGUUACAGUGGCUAACCCAGUGGAAGGGGAAACACCAGUUGCUGUAGCUGUGGACGUUGAACCAAAUUUCAUUGCUGUGGGCCCUUUUCAUGUUGCUGUAGGCAUGAAUAAUCGGGCUUGGUUUUAUGCUUUUGGAGACAAUGGAGUUGAAAGACUGAAGGAUACUGAGUAUUUGGGUACUGUAGUGAGCAUGUGUGUAAAUGCUGACUACGCAGCUGCACUGUUUGAGGGGAAAGUGCAACUGCACACGAUUGAGGGUGAGGAACAGGAGGAGGAGAGGCAGACAAAAUUGUUCUCUGGUGGCGACGACAAGUAUCGCAUCAUGAGCCAUGCACUUACUGCAGACUUCCUGUUCUUCAGCACUGAUACUGGCCUCAUCCAAUGUUUUUUCAUUGAGGACUGGCAGAACCUUAAUGAGUAUCGACACUCAGUGGGUGUAAGAAAGAUUUUCCCUGAUCCUAGCGGCACUCGUCUCAUCUUCAUUGAUGACAAGAGUGAUGGAUUCCUCUAUUGCCCGGUAAAUGACAUGGUUCUUGAGAUCCCUAACUUUUCUCCAACUAUCACUGGUGCUCUUUGGGAAACCUGUCCUGGCGAUAAGGGAGUCUUUGUUGCUUAUGACGAUGACAAAGUUUACACAUACGCCUUUCACAAGGAGACCAUACAAGGUCCCAGAGUCAUUCUUGUGGGCGGGACUAAACUACCAUUUUCCCAUAAGCCCUUACUGCUACACAAUGGAGAGUUAUCAUGUCAGACACAGAGUGGUAAGACCAACAGUGUCCACCUGACCUCACACAGCUUCCUCACUACCAAUUUCUCGGAGGCCUCGAACGAGCAACUCACACAGAUGCUCCGGAAAGCACUGAUGCUCAAGAGGUUUCAAGAGGCAUGGGAGUUGUGCAAACUGGUGAACAGCACAGACACAUGGGCUGAGAUGGGCCGGACUUGUCUACAUCACAUAGAAGUGGAACUAGCAUUGCAAGUGUAUCGCAUGAUGGGGAAUGUAGGGAUGGUCAUGUCCUUAGAGGAUAUCAAGAGCACAGAAGAUCAAAAUCUUCUGGCUGGCCACCUGGCUAUGUUCAGCAGUGACUUCAAUCAAGCUCAAGACCUCUACCUAGCAUCGUCCUGUCCUAAUGCUGCUCUUGAGAUGAGGAGAGAUCUGCAGCACUGGGACAGUGCACUGCAACUAGCAAGCAGGCUGUCCCCAGAUGAGAUGCCAUAUAUCUCUAAAGAGUAUGCCAUUCAAUUGGAGUUCAUUGGAGACUAUGUGAAUGCACUAUCACACUAUGAAAAGGGAAUGACUCAAGAAAACAAGGAACACGAUGAAGCAUGCGAGGCCGGGGUAGCACGUAUGUCCAUUCGUAUGGGAGAUAUCCGACGUGGUGUCAAUCUUGCCAUAAAGCAUCCGAGUCGAUCACUGAAGAAGGAAUGUGGUGCCAUCCUGGAGGGCAUGAAGCAAUACUCAGAAGCUGCACAGUUGUAUGAGAAAGGUCUGUUCCAUGAGAAAGCUGCCUCUGUUUAUAUCCGUUGCAAAAACUGGUCAAAAGUUGGUGAGCUCCUACCCCAAGUGUCCGCUUCCAAGAUCCAUCUGCAGUAUGCAAAGGCCAAAGAAGCUGAUGGCAAGUUUAAAGAGGCUGCAAUGGCUUAUGAGAGUGCAAGGGACUGGGACAAUGUGAUCCGCAUCUUAUUGGAGCAUUUGAACAACCCUGAGGAGGCUGUGCGCAUUGUCAGGGAAACACAGUCAAUCGACGGUGCCAAGAUGGUGGCAAGGUUUUUCUUGAAUCUGAAUGACUAUGGAUCUGCCAUUCAGUUCUUGGUGCUUUCCCAGUGCAGUGACGAGGCCUUCCAACUGGCACAGCAACAUGGGCAGAUGGAGGUUUAUGCAGACAUCAUUGGCCUAGAUGCUUCAGCUGAAGAUUACCAGAGCAUCGCUCUGCACUUUGAAGGAGAGAAGCAGCACCUGCUGGCUGGGAAAUUUUUUCAGAAAUGUGGACAGUUCAAUAGAGCUUUGAAACACUUUCUGAAAUGCUCAAAUACUGAAGACAGCUUGGCCAUAGAGAAGGCAAUAGAGACGGUUGGAGAGGCUAAAGAUGAUGCUUUGACCAAUCAGCUAAUAGACUACCUGAUGGGAGAGAGUGAUGGCAUGCCAAAGGAUGCCAAGUACUUGUUUCGGCUCUACAUGGCUCUGAAACAAUAUAGAGAAGCAGCACGAACUGCCAUCAUCAUAGCCAGAGAGGAGCAAUCUGCAGGAAAUUAUCGGAAUGGUCAUGACGUGCUGUUCAGUAUGUACACGGAGUUACUGGCUCAGAAAAUUAAGAUUCCAUCUGAGAUGGCUAUCAACCUUAUGAUCCUACACAGCUACAUUUUGGUGAAGAUUCAUGUGAAGAGGGGAGAUCACCUGAAGGGGGCCCGUAUGCUCAUACGUGUUUCCAGUAACAUCAGCAAAUUCCCCUCACACAUUGUUCCCAUUCUGACAUCUGCGGUGAUAGAGUGCCAUCGUGCAGGUUUGAAAAAUUCCGCUUUUAGCUUUGCUGCCAUGUUAAUGCGCCCUGAGUAUCGCAACAAGAUUGAUCUGAAAUACAAGAAGAAGAUAGAGGCCAUGGUCCGUCGCCCAGACACAACAGAGUUGGAGGAAGACUCCACUCCAUGUCCAUUCUGCGAUUUUCAGCUGCCUGAGUGUGAGCUGUUGUGCCCAGGAUGCAAAAACAAUUUGCCAUACUGCAUUGCUACGGGUCGACACAUGGUGAAAGAGGACUGGUCAGUGUGUCCUCACUGUGACUUUCCAGCACUCUACUCCCAGUUCAUACAGUUGUUGGAAACUGAGUCGGUGUGCCCCAUGUGCUCAGAAAGCUUGAGCGUAAACCAAAUCAGGAGAAUCCCGGACUGCUCCGCCUACUUACAACUAAAUGAGCUGGAACAGUGAAAAUGGGCCAUGAACCAACAACCCGCUACACUACAGAAUAUGCCGCCAGCUUCUCCUUGAAACCAUCAUGCAUGUCGGUGUAUGGACACGGGGGUGCCAGGGUCCUCUGACCAAUUCUCUACCUAAGAUGAGAUAUACAUGUACGUAGGUCAGCAGUGGACCUGGUUACUAUCAACAUGCAGAUAACCUCAGCGUAUCUAACUUGCUCUGGUCAAGAUAUUCAUCUACUCUAUCCUUUACACAUAUUUUAUUAAAUACAUUUCUUUCUA